AUUCCGUAUAAAUGAAUGAUUGCAGAACGACAAGGUGUUUUUUAUGAGACAUCUUUGAUCGAUGAGAGUGGCCCCGGUGCGAAAUCCGGACAGGGACCAUUGAAAGGUUCCGCCGGUAAGGGCGGAAUAAUUCAGGGACCUAGCGAUGGCUUGAUUGAGCUUGACCAAGAAGGUCAUCCGAUAGGUGAAGUUCUUCAAGCGGGUGACGAAACGCUACCGUGGCGUCAAGGACGCGUGAAACACAGACCUCGGGUAGCUAACGUAACACCGUGGAGAAAGGCUAAGCCGAAGUCGAGGGACACUUCUCUCGACAAAUUACAACAGGCCAGACUCGAACAUCAGGUAAAACCUUGGACGGAAGAAGACGUUGUGCUGAAAAAAGCACCGCACACGAUCAAGGAAAUUCCAAAAGAAAAACUGGAAGAGGUUGAACUGAAACGCGUCAAGACUGAAAAGAAAGAGAUUCGAAAAUCUAGCGUUGAACACGUGGAUCUCAAGCACAUAUCCAAGGAUGUCAUUAGCACCGACGUUGACGAACAUGAAGUUCGAACAGCUCCUUCUACGCAGGGACCGAUUCCCUGGACGGAAGAAAAGAUUCAGCUGAAGAAAAGCAAACCGAAAAGUGAGCAAGUUGAAGAGGAAAUGAUCGAUUCCGCUACCGAUUACGUAGAAACGGACGAGACUAAGCUCUUGAAAAUACGCAGGGUCAGUAGAACGGAUGUCCAACAGAAGACAUCUGAUAAACCUAAGCCGUGGACCGAAGAAAAAAUCUCUUUGAAAAAGGUGCAAGUCGAGAAGAAAGAAAUACCCAAGGAGACAAUAGAGGACGUUGAAUUGAGACCGGUGAAACCUGAGAAGCAGGAAAUAAGUGAAUUGAAAUUAAUACCUGGUAAACAGAAUGUAGUCGAGCGUGAUUCUCGAUUGCAAGAAGAGUCUACCGUGGAAUAUCUUGAAUCGGAUGAUACGAGUCGCUUGCAUGUCAGAAAAUCGACUGUGGAAGAGAUCGAACGUAAAAAAGUUGAUAAGCCCAAGCCAUGGACGGAGGAGAAAAUUUCGCUGAAGAAGGUACAGGUAGAAAAGAAAGAGGUUCCCAAAGAAACGAUAGAAGACGUCGAAUUGAGACCGACGAAGCCUGAGAAACAGGAAACUGAUAAAUUGGAACCAAAGCCUACCAAGCAGAUGAAAACCACUCGUGAUUUUCAAUCACAAGAUACGUCGACGAUGGAAUAUCUGGAGUCAGAUGACACAAGUCUCUUACAAGUUAAGAAAUCGACUGUGGAAGACGUCGAACGUAAAAAAGUUGAUAAGCCCAAGCCAUGGACAGAGGAGAAAAUUUCGCUGAAAAAGGUAGAGGUAGAAAAGAAAGAGGUUCCUAAAGAAAAAAUAGAAGACGUUGAAUUGAGACCAACGAAGCCUGAGAAACAGGAAACUGAUAAAUUGGAACCAAAACCUACCAAGCAGAUGAAAAUCACUCGUGAUUUCCAAUCACAGGAUACGUCGACGAUGGAAUAUCUGGAAUCAGAUGACACAAGUCUCUUACAAGUUAAGAAAUCGACAGUGGAAGACGUCGAACACAAGAAAGUAGAAACUCCCAAACCGUGGACGGAGGAAAAUAUUACCUUGCGGAAGUCUAAGGUUGAAAAAACGGAAGUUACGAAAGAAUCGAUUCUGCAGGAGGUUCAACUGAAGCCUAGUAGGCCUCAAAAGCAACCUGUUGAAAAACCGCAGGUCGAACGAGUGGAUCUACAGCCUCUGAAAAAACCAAAGAAGACCGAGGUGUCUGUUACAAGACGCGAGUCUUUGAAAACUGAGACCUUCGAACAGAGCGUAGUUGAAGAGCAAGAAAGUGAAGAGGAGGAGAGCAGAUCUUCUCUGCGCAUCGAUUGGAAAAAGGAUUCCAUUACAAAACCCAUUCCAUGGACGGAAGAGGUUGUUAAACUGAAGCCUUCCAGUCGACCCAAGGUUGAACCUCAGAUCGAGACCAGCGAACAGAUUACUUUGAAACCCAAAGAGAAACAGGGAGUAUUUGUUGAAACGGAAGACACGUCAUUAUUGAGUCUCGAUAAAAGGACCAAAGAAGAACUGAAAUCAGCACCGGAAAAGGUGAAACCUUGGACGGACGAGGUGGUGACAUUGAAAAGAACUCCGAAAGUAACGAAAGAAAUUCAGAAGCCCGAGCAGGAAGAAGUUCAACUUCGACCGCUCGCAGCUGGUAAAAAACCAACAGACAGCGAGGUCACAAAAACGAAGUCAAAGUCAGGGAAGGACGAAUACCGAACCGAAAGUGACACGACUACCUUGAAAAUAGAUGUCGACGAAGAGCUUAUCGAAGAAAAACAAGAAGAAUCCACUGCCAUUUGGCGCAGAGGAAAGAAAAAGCCAGAACAAAAAGUACCUGAUUCUGUUGUAGAAAAAACUAAUGAGGAUGUGGUGCCGGAAGAACGCGUAACUGAAGAAAUAAGCGUAGCCUGGCGUAAGAAUAAAAGAACUCAGAAGCCGUCGGAAGAGCAAGUUCCUGAGGAGGUCAUACCUGAGAAAGAUGAACCUGUUGAAAAAUCUGAGUUACCUUGGCGCCGCGGAAAGAAACCUGGAAAAGUUAUACAGAAGAAAGAUAAAUUGCAGCCCGAAGAUCAACCGGAGGACGAUAAGCCUCAGGCAAAACAGAUCACCGAUACCGUCAAACCUGACGAAGAAGAAUCUAAAGAAGUAGCUGAUUUGCCUUGGAGACGUACAAAAAGACCUGGAAAAAUAAUCGAAGACAAAGCGCAGCCUGAGUUGGAAAAAUCAUCCGGUGAACCUCAGCCAGAACAGGUCGACGAGCAACCUCAAGAACAGCAGCCAGACGAACAGACAUCAAAGUUACCAUGGUUGAGAAAGAAGGACACACAGCGUAAGGUGAUUGAAAGGAAAGAAGAACAAAUUGAAGAUAUAAAAUCGAUCUCUUUGAAGCCGGUAAAGCGAACGAAAAAACCCGAAGAGCGUGACGACACAGAAGUCGUUCAGUUGAAGCCAGUCAAACAUGAAAAAACGGAAGAAGAUACGACUGACGAAAUAAAAUUGAAACCUGUUGAAAAACUGGAACCCGAAGUUGAAAUGAGCAAAAAGCCGGUUAAACAUCUGGAUCAAAGAGAGGAGAAACCGGAAACCAAGAUAGCUGAAAAAGUUAGUACAGAGGUAACUGAAAAACUUUUGCCUUGGCAAAAAAGAAAAAUACCACGGGAGGAUCAGCCGGAAAAACCGUCGGAAAAGAAAGAAACGACAGUGGAGUCAGUGGAUGAAGUGAUAAUCUCAGAGCGGGACCUUGUGACUAAGGAGACUUCCACUCGUGAAAUAGAGAAUGUCGAAAAGAUUGAAGUUAAAAGAGAAGACCAAAUCGAAGACAUACGAAGUGUGAGUUUGAAGAAAGUUAGGCGUGAGAGAAAACCGGAAGUAAAAGAAGACAGAGAAGAGGUAGUGCUGCGACCGGUGAAGAGGAUACCUAAAGAUGAGGAGACUAGCGAAGCAAUCAAAUUGAAACCCGUUGAAGUCCUUGAAACUGAGGAAGACAAACCUGAAAAUGUUAUGCUGAAGCCCACUGAACAAAAACUUCCUGUGGAGAAAAGCGACCAAAAAGAUAUUCUCAAACCUGUCAAGCGGGAAAAGAGACCAGAAGGGAUCAAAAAGGAUGAAAAUGAGCUGAAACCAGCUGAUAGCAAAGAUAUUGAAAAAGAUGUCGAAGAAAGACCCGUCCCUGAAAGACUGCGCGAAGAAUCUCUACCGGAAGAGCAAGUGGAACAGAGUACUGCUCCUUGGCGCCGUAGUCAGAAACCUAAGAAGGUAAUUGAGCAAAGUCUUCACGAAAAACCCGAAGAACGUCCUCAACCGAAGCACGAUGAGGUGGAUAAAGAUCAGCCAGAUGUGGAAGAGGCACACCAAGAAAUUAUAACAAUUGAUAUUCUACCACGAGGUAAAAAGACCAAAACCACUAAAGUAGUGACAAAGAAGGUUGAAUCCCAAGAAGAUACAUCAUCAGUGCCACAACGCGAGGAAGAACAUAUUGAGGUAAUUAAAACUGAAGAGACAGUUGUUGUCGAAGAGUCGAGGCUAGAGGAGAAAAAACGGAAGCCGUCCAGACAAAAGCAAAUUCCUGAUCAAAAACCAGAUGAAGUUGAAAAAGUUGAUCUCAAGCCGAUUCCGAAGAAAACUGCUGGGACCGAAACAGCGCCCAGCGAAUCAAAGUUGAAACCAGUUGUGGAAAAAAAGAUCGAUGAUGUGAAAGAAGAGAAACCAGAAGAAAUACCACAAGAGCAGACUGACCUACCCUGGCGCCGGGGCAAAAAGAAGCCGCUUACCGAAAAAGAAACAACGCAAGAAACAUCCACUGUAGAAAAGGAAAUCGAGGAAGCCGAAGUGACUCUAUGGAAGGGCAAGAGAAAGCCAAAGGCACCUGAAGAGCAGAAGGAAGAAGUUCAUCUCAAACCAAUUCCACAAAAAGUACAAGAUGAACCUACGCCGAAAGAAGAACCAGAGCACCAGGUCGACGAAGUGAAAUUGAAACCUAUUGAAAAAGUGGAACAGAAAAUCGAGGAAGAAACAGAAGUUACUUGGAGAAAGGGUAAAAGGAAACCGAAGGCACCUGAAGAGCAAAAGGAAGAAGUUCAUCUCAAACCAAUUCCACAGAAAAAACCAGAAGAGAAAAUUCCAGAAAAAAUUGAGCUAAAACCUACGCGCGAAGAAAAACCAGAGAAAAAAGUGGAAGAGGUGAAACUGAAACCCGUAAAGAGAGAACGAAAAACGUCGGUUGAGGGAGUGGAAAAAGUAACUUUGAAACCUGUGCCUAAAAAACCCAUCAAAGAAUCUGCGGAAAUCACACCUGAAGCUCCACAAAAACCAGUUGAGCUUCUUCCAGAGAAAGUUGAGGAAGCCCCGGUGGAAGAACAACCAGUUGAAAAUACAGAAUUACCUUGGAAACGUGGCAAAAAACCCAAAAAGCCCGUUCAGAAGAUUACACCAGAAGAAGAAGAGAAAUUACCGGAAGAAGUAAUUCCUGAUGAAUUAAAACCGGAGGUUACCCCUGAAGAGCAGCCUGAACAACAAAUUGAUGAAGUUCAUCCCAAAACCGUGAAAAAGGUUGAGCAAAAAAUUGAAGAAGAAACCGAGGUUACUUGGAGAAAAGGCAAACGGAAACCAAAGGCACCUGAAGAGCAGAAAGAAGAAGUUCAUCUCAAACCAAUUCCACGAAAAUUACCAGAUGUACCUAAGCCGAAAGAAGAACCAGAGCAACAGCUUGACGAAAUCAAACUGAAACCUGUUGAAAAAGUAGAACAGAAAAUCGAGGAAGAGACAGAAGUUACUUGGCGAAAGGGUAAAAGGAAACCAAAAGCACCCGAAGAGCAAAAAGAAGAAGUUCAUCUCAAACCAAUUCCACAGAAAAAACCAGAAGAGAAAAUUCCAGAAAAAAUUGAGCUAAAACCUACGCGCGAAGAAAAACCAGAGGAAAAAGUGGAAGAGGUGAAACUGAAACCCGUAAAGAGAGAACGAAAAAUGUCGGUUGAGGAAGUGGAAAAAGUAACUUUGAAACCUGUGCCUAAAAAACCCAUCAAAGAAUUGACUGAAGCUCCACAAAAACCAGUUGAGCUUCUUCCCGAGAAAGUUGAAGAAGCCCCGGUGGAAGAACAACCAGUUGAAAAAACAGAAUUACCUUGGAAACGUGGCAAAAAACCCAAAAAGCCUGUUCAGAAGAUUGCAUCAGAAGAAAAAGAGACAUUACCGGAAAAAGUAAUUCCUGAUGAAUUAGAACCGGAGAUUACCCCUGAAGAGCAGCCUGAACAACAAAUUAAUGAAGUUCAUCCCAAGACUGUGAGAAAGGUUGAGCAAGAAAUCGAAGAAGAAACCGAGGUCACUUGGCGAAGAGGCAAAAGGAGGCCGAAAGCACCUGAAGAGGCGAAAGAAGAAGUUCAUCUCAAACCAAUUCCACAAAAAGAACCAGAAGAAAAAAUUCCAGAAAAAAUUGAGCUGAAACCUACGCGCGAAGAAAAACCAGAGGAAAAAGUAGAAGAGGUGAAACUGAAACCCGUAAGGAGAGAACGAAAAACGUCGGUUGAGGAAGUGGAAAAAGUAACUUUAAAACCUGUGCCUAAAAAACCCAUCAAAGAAUCUACGGAAAUGACACCCGAAGCUCCACAAAAACCAGUUGAGCUUCUUCCAGAGAAAGUUGAAGAAGCCCCGGUGGAAGAACAACCAGCUGAAAAUACAGAAUUACCUUGGAAACGUGGCAAAAAACCCAAAAAACCUGUUCAGAAGAUUGCACCAGAAGAAGAAGAGAAAUUACCGGAAAAAGUAAUUCCUGAUGAAUUGAAACCGGAGGUUACCCCUGAAGAGCGGCCUGAAAAACAUAUUGAUGAAGUUCAUCCUAAGAUUGUGGAAAAGGUUGAGCAGGAAGUUGAAGGAGAAACCGAGGUCACUUGGAGAAAGGGUAAAAGGAAACCAAAAGCACCCGAAGAACAGAAAGAAGAAGUUCAUCUCAAACCAAUUCCACAAAAAGAACCAGAAGAGAAAAUUCCAGAAAAAAUUGAGCUGAAACCUACGCGCAAAGAAAAACCAGAGGAAAAAGUAGAAGAGGUGAAACUGAAACCCGUGAGGAAAGAACGAAAAACGUCGGUUGAGGAAGUGGAAAAAGUAACUUUGAAACCUGUGCCUAAGAAACCCAUCAAAGAAACGACUGAAACUUCACAAAAACCAGUUGAGCUCCUUCCAGAAAAAGUUGAGGAAGCCCCGGUGGAAGAACAACCAGCUGGGAAUACAGAAUUACCUUGGAAACGUGGCAAAAAACCUAAAAAGCCCGUUCAGAAGAUUACACCAGAAGAAGAAGAGAAAUUACCGGAAGAAGUAAUUCCUGAUGAAUUAAAACCGGAAGUUACCCCUGAAGAGCAGCCUGAACAACAAAUUGAUGAAGUUCAUCCCAAAACCGUGAAAAAGGUUGAGCAAAAAAUUGAAGAAGAAACCGAGGUCACUUGGAGAAAAGGCAAACGGAAACCAAAGGCACCUGAAGAGCAAAAAGAAGAAGUUCAUCUCAAACCAAUUCCACAAAAAUUACCAGAUGUACCUCAGCCGAAAGAAGAACCAGAGCAACAGCUUGACGAAAUCAAACUGAAACCUAUUGAGAAAGUGGAACAGAAAAUCGAGGAAGAGACAGAAGUUACUUGGCGAAAGGGUAAAAGGAAACCAAAAGCACCCGAAGAGCAAAAAGAAGAAGUUCAUCUCAAACCGAUUCCACAAAAAGUACUGGAAGAAGAUAUUCCAGAGAAAAUUGAGCUGAAACCAACGCGCAAAGAGAAACCAGAGGAAAUAGUAGAAGAGGUGAAACUGAAACCCGUGAGGAAAGAACGAAAAACGUCGGUUGAGGAAGUGGAAAAAGUAACUUUGAAACCUGUGCCUAAAAAACCCAUUAAAGAAUCUACGGAAAUUACACCUGAAGCUCCACAAAAACCAGUUGAGCUUCUUCCCGAGAAAGUUGAAGAAGCCCCGGUGGAAGAACAACCAGUUGAAAAUACAGAAUUACCUUGGAAACGUGGCAAAAAACUCAAAAAGCCCAUUCAGAAGAUUACACCAGAAGAAGAAGAGAAAUUACCGGAAGAAGUAAUUCCUGAUGAAUUAAAACCGGAGGUUACCCCUGAAGAGCGGCUUGAACAACAAAUUGAUGAAGUUCAUCCCAAAACCGUGAAAAAGGUUGAGCAGGAAAUUGAAGAAGAAACCGAGGUCACUUGGAGAAGAGGCAAACGGAAACCAAAGGCACCUGAAGAGCAAAAAGAAGAAGUUCAUCUCAAACCAAUCCCACAAAAAGUACCAGACGUUCCUACACCGAAAGAAGAACCGGAGCAACAGCUUGACGAAGUCAAAUUAAAACCUGUUGAAAAAGUGGAACAGAAAAUCGAGGAAGAAACCGAAGUCACUUGGAGAAAGGGUAAAAGGAAAUCAAAAGCACCCGCAGAGCAAAAAGAAGAAGUGCAUCUCAAACCAAUUCCACGAAAAGAACCUGAAGAACAAAUGCCAGAAAAAAUUGAGCUGAAACCCACUCGCAAAGAAGAACCAGAGCAGAAAGUAGAGGAAGUCAAACUGAAACCUGUGAAGAAGCAUAGAAAACCUCAUCCCGAACAGGAGAAAACAGAACCCUUAGAGGCUGCACCACAAGAGAAAGUAAUAGACGAAACUGAAGAAAUUCCACAAAAACCAUCGAAGGCUCAACCAGAACAACUUGAAGAAAAGCCCGUGGAAGAGCAGCCUACCGAUAGAGCGGAGUUGCCUUGGCGUCGCAGCAAGAAAUCUAAGAAACCCAUUCAGAAGCCAGUAGAGAGUGAAGACACCGAGAAGUUCGAGGAGCUGGAAGCAAUCGUACCGAAACCAGCGGAAAAAGUAAUCAUGCCAGAGGAUGUAGAACAAGAAGAGUCCGAGGUCACAGCUGAAACAAUUAAGCCUGUACUAAUCAGUGAUACGGUUACUCAGAACAUCGUUGAGGAGACUGUAACUUCUGCAGAGCAGAUCAAGAUAGCUAAAAAACAGAAAUCGGUUAAAAUAAAUACCAGAGCAAUCGAGAUUAUCGAUGACAAGGUGGAUGAAGAUACCGAAGAUAUCGUUGAACUUGAUAUCAGUUCGAUAUCGAAGAAACGACCUGAAAAAGAAGAACCGGUAGAAGAAACAGUCCAGCCGGAAGAACCAAAACGUAAACGAAGGCAACGGACGCAAGUCGAUAUUUCCGUUUCUGAUAAAACUAAAAAAGUCGCUCCACGAUUCAUACAGAAGCUACAACCAGUUAUCGCUGAGCCGGAUAAGCCAGCCAAAUUUACUUGCACUGUAGUAGGAAAUCCGUUCCCGGAAGUAACUUGGUACAGAAACGAACAAGAACUUCACGCUAGUGAAAAGUAUCUCAUGACGGUUGUCGAAACAACAGCAACCUUGGAGAUAACAGAGGUCAAAGAAGAAGACGUCGCGAUGUAUUCUUGCAGAGCUUCGAAUCCUGCUGGUGUUGCCACUUCGACAGUGAAUCUAGUCAUAUUCGAAAAAGAGGAUGAAGGUGUCGCACCACACUUUACGACACCCAUCAAACCACUGAUGGUAGAAAAGCACAAGCCAGCGACUCUGGAAUGCGUGGUAACCGGAACACCAGCACCGGAAGUGAAAUGGUACCGUGGUGAAAAGGAGAUCAAACCGAAAAAGGGAACCGAAAUUACCCUUGUACCGGAAACUGGGGUGGCCAAACUCACCAUCGCUUCGCCAACUCCCGAGGACGCCAAGGUCUACAGGGUCCGAGCGGUGAACAAAUUCGGCCGAGCGGAAUGCAGGGCAAAUCUGCUCAUUACCGAUUCCGUAUUGGUAACGAAACCCGAAGUGAUGCACGCUCCGAAAAUAACGAAACCCUUGCCAGCUCUGAUCGCCGAAAAGGGCGAACCGUUGGUGUUAGCUGCCGAUUUCGAAAGCACGCCAAAGGGUGAAGUGAAAUGGUACAAAAAUGGUACGGAAAUAGCCCCGUCGCCUAGACAGAAAAUCGAGGUAUUCGAGAAUACGACUGAACUGACGAUAAACGACGUUACGAAAAAGGACAGCGGAAAGUAUGAAAUACGGGUUCAGAAUCAAGCGGGUGAAGCUCGUAGUUCCGGAUCCGUGACUGUUACCAAACGACAAGAAUCACCGGAUGCCGUACAAGCACCGAGAUUCAUUGAACCCCUCUAUCCGAGAAUCGUCACUCCGGGAGAAGUCGUUAUAAUGGAAACGAGAGUCGACUCGUAUCCUACUGCAUCCUUCCAGUGGUUCCACAAUGACCACGCUAUCAUGUCGUCUCCUGAAUUACGAAUCGUAACGCAAGACAACCGUUCGAUUUUGUUGGUCAAGGAGAUCGUGCCGGAAUUCGCUGGCUCGUACACAUGUCGCGCAGAAAAUGUUGCGGGUUCGGUAACGUGCACGGCAAGUGUGAAUAUCACGGAAGAAACGUGGGAAGAGGCGGUUGAGUUGGUGUCACCGACAUUUGUGCGCAAAAUGUCACCUGUCAGGGUGAUGGACGGCGACAGUGUGAAUCUCACAUGUGUCGUACAAGGCAAACCAACGCCCAGAGUAGAAUGGUUCCACGAUAACAAGCCCAUUAAAGAAGGAAAAGAGAUAACGAUUCUCCAGGACACCGAGGGGGUUUGUAGUCUAGCGAUUUCCGAAGUAUUUCCUGAAGAUGCUGGAGAAUAUACUUGCCAGGCACUCAAUCCCGUCGGUGAAGCGGUUUGCACAACUUCGCUAGUCGUGGAAGCAUACGAAUACGUAGCUGAUUCCGAAAUAGCUUCAUCAAUCGUAGCGACUUCCCUGAUCACUGGGCAGAGUGGCUCCGAAGAGGAUCUGUUGUCUCCGAAGGAAACGCCGCUUUCUGAUACAGACACAGAAGAUUCCGCACCAGAAAUCGUGAAAAAACUUCCUCAGUUAAUUCCAACCAAAGACGGUGAAUUGACGCGAUUGGAGGUUCGAGUGAAAGGAAAGCCCAAGCCUCAAGGAAAGUGGUACAAACAAGGUGUGGAAAUAGUUCCGUCUGAGGAAUUCCAAAUUGAAGAAUUCGACGAUGGAACAUCCGUGUUAACUAUAGCCGAAGCUUAUCCCGAUGACACCGGAGAAAUAGUUUUCGAGGCACACAAUCCUCUCGGCGUUACAACGACGACCGCUUACCUUUCAGUAGAAGGUAUCCUUGGUACCAAAGAUUACAGGAAACCGGAAUGGGUCACUCACAUGGAAGAAAUGCAAGAGGCAUUACGAGCUUCACAAUCUAUACCACGAUUCAUUCAAGAAAUCACAACCAUUUACGCCAAGGAAGGACAUCCCGCAGAAUUCGAGUGCACGUAUUCGGGAAAUCCUGUACCAGACGUUGUCUGGUACAAGAACGACAAGCUUAUCAGCAACACCGAUAACGUGAAGAUCCGUCUGAAGGAUAAUCUGAAAACCUCGUUGACCAUCAAGAGGGUAACGCGCGAAGACGAUGGAACUUACGUCUGUAAAGCUACCAGCGAUAUCGGUCUCGCCAUCACCAAAGCCAUGCUACGUGUCAGCGAUGGCGAUGGAGCUCCGAUGGAGUUCGAUGAAGAGGAGGUGCCCGAAGAGAAACCGGAGGAAAAGAAGAAGAAACCUGAAAAGAAGAAGAAGCACGACAUCAAAAAGGCCCAUUCGACGAGAGAAAGAAAUAAAACAGAGCGCGUUAAAAUCGAUUCGACAACCGUCGUCGAAGAAACUGGUGUACCAAAAUCACAGCCGGAAGACAAAACGAUCGUCGAUAUUCAGGAGACGCAAAUACUCGAGAGUACUGAAAUAAUCGAAGAGGACAUGCGACAGGUAUCCCAGGCGACGAGGAUAAUUCCUAUCCAAGAGCCGGUGUUGACCGAAGCUACCGCGUCUCUGAGAAAGAUUGACGAGAAGCAAAAGAAGAUUCCAACGAGACCGGGUGAUCGGGCGCGCGAGAUAAUCGAAGACCGAGAGGGUGUGGUGAUCUCAGAAGUGACGACCACGGAAACGGUCCAGGAAUUCGUUUCGAAACCGACGGAGGAGCGACCCAGAAGAAAGAAAUCGAAGCCCGACAAAAAACAGACUACCGUCGAAAGGUACGACGUGAGCGAAGUAAGGGUCGAACAAGUUAUCGAGGAACAAAUGGAAGAGAUAGCGAGAGAAGUUGAGGAAUUAAUGGACGUUUUACACGCGACGGAAUUCGGCCCCGGCGAAUCACCCCUCAGAGAACUGGCGACCAUCGGCUAUUUGGUUCGCCAAGGAGUUUCGGUCAAUGAAAUAAACGAGAGUUUGUAUCAGACGGACAAAUUCCCGGCGUUGAGAACACCCGACGCACAAAGUGCGCUGGUUCAGCUGGUAGAACGUGAAGGACACGGGCCUCUGAUCACUCAGGUACUCACGGAGGAAACCACAACCGACGAGAGCAUCGUCGCUGCGACGGUUGGUUUCCGCGCAUUCAUGCGAAUGGUUGAAUUGCAACAUGCCACGGUCGAAGAGGUCAUCACUCACUUCGCCCCCGAAGACUUCCGCACGCACGCUUGGGAGGUAACGGAGGCCUCCGAGGUUAUCUCGGAGCAGCAUUUCACGCACACGGUAGACGUCGUGGAAACACAGAACGUGUAUCAAAGGGAAAGCAGACGUACGGAAGAGAAGAAGGUGGUAAAAAUUCAUGACGUCCAGGAGAUUAAAGAAUACGAGGACACUCAGCAGGCACACACAACACUGCACAAGCGUAAAGAUAAGAAACCGAAGGAACGGGAUCAAUUACAAAUCGAAGACACAACGUCGAAGGAUAGGGAGGAGGGGGUUGAGAUUGUAGAAUUGUACACGGACGAACAGGAGCAGAAUUUACAGAAAGUACAUGAAGAAAAACCGGAAGAAACUCACCGAACGGAAAAAGAUACUCGAAGCAAGCAGACGCGUAGGGUACAGAAAAAUAAACGUGCGGAAAAAGAUGACGCUGAUGAAAUCAUCACCGUUGAAACGUCCGAAAAAAUUGUAAAAGCGUUGAAACCGCGACGUCCGAACAUCGGUGAGGAUCAAGUAGAGUUCGAGGAAAUCGACGAACUGGUCGUUGUUACGGACAAGGCACUGCCAAGUCUCGUACUCAACGUUCCCAGUCAACAACACGAGAUAGUAGGUCUGAACAGAACCACCGAACAGGCGGGUGGUAAACCAAAUUCUGAAACGGCGGUGAUCACCUUAGAUACCGUGAACGCGAUCACGGAACAAUAUGUUCCGACGCAAGAACAAGAGAUCGAUGAGGUCGCUAAAAUUGUGCCGUCCACGCGAAAGGCUUCGGUUUCGAUUUUCGAAUUGGAACCGUAUUCCGUUUAUGAAACCAACGUUCAAACGGCAACGGGUGAACUCGCGGAUGCCGCGAAACCGUUAUCGUACGAAGCGAAACCGGCUUUCGUUCAUUCGGAAGGUUUGAUCGUAAGUGAAACCGUAGUGGAUACGACUACCAAAGAUUUCUCUGUAAAACCUGAUAGUGGGCGAACUGCGGAAAGUACAUUGACGAUGCUCGAGGCAACGGAAAUUCGCGAGACGACUGUGAACCAAAGUGAAGUACCGACGACUGACUUUGUCCUACCCCAGUCGGCCAAGGCCGAGGAUACGUUCCUCUCGCAGCAAGGUUUGUCCGUUUACGAAGUCAACGAAGGGUUGGCUGAAGACAAACUUGAACCAUUGAAGACCAUGCCCGUUAAACCGAGGGUCAAUAUAUCCUCUUCGGAAUCUCUGAUGAUCGAGGAAGUCCACGCCGAGGAUAAGCCUGGAAAAUAUUACCCCGAAUUAUUCGUUCCAACGGAAGUGGCAACGGAAACCGUGAUAUCCCAGCAGCAAAGAGUCACCGAAGAAAUGCACGCACCGGAAAAAGAGGGUACUUACACCCCGGGGAGAUUACCACCGAGUCAACAAGCUCGGAUUGCAGUUUCUACCGGCGAAACCGCUGUGACAGAAGAGCAACCGGUUCAGGAAAGUGAGGGUAUUUAUUCGCCGGAUCGACCUGCAGAUUCUUACAACGCUAAACCGAAUGUGAGUCUGCUCGAAAGUAUCACCGUUUCAACCACCGAUUCUCAAGAUCAAGAGACCACUCUGACUAUCGAGGAAGAGAAGAACGUCACCGCUGAAGUGAAUCUAGUUGAGCAGGCGUCAGUCGUUACAUCGGAAACGAUAACUUCCGAAAGAGAGCACGAGUUGAUGUCUGACGAGAAGCCGGUGGCAAAAUCAGCGGAAGCAACGUUCCUUCCUUUGGAAAUAAGUUCGGUAUCGACGCUGAUGAUACAAGAGUCAGAGGGGGAGUAUAGUCCAGAAAAACGACCAACAACUGCAUUGGCUGAGACUUCGAUACGCGAAAAAGAGCAUGUCGAAGUAUCAGAGGUACAGGCGGCUGACUUCCCCUCCGAUUUUACCGAUACUUUGAAAUAUGUCACCGAGAACACCGUGACCAUGGUACAUUUCUCCGAAGCUAGAAUGGACGAAGAGACUAUGAUUCAUGAACAGGAGAGCGAUAUGAAAGCGAUAGUAAAACCGGCUGAAUUCAUUGUAGAAUCAUCGUACAAUCCUGUGAAGAGCGUCGAGGUAUUCGAGAACACGUCUGUUGAAAAAGAGGGUGAAUUGAGAGUUCACGAAUUGCCCGAGUCCCACAAAGGUAAGACCGUGACUGAUCAUACGGUGCAAUCCCUCCUCGUAGAGGAAACACAAUCCGAGGAUAAUUUAGGGGAGAUUCCGAUACAUAUCCACGAAACCGGAACAGCUAAAGUUAAUCAGACGAAUUUGAAGGAGACCGUAAUCACUGAUGAAACUAUCGCAGGUGAGGGAGUAGCACCUAUUGCCGAACACAAGACACCAGACAAAAAAAUCGCCGGAGUAACAUUCGACGAAAUAGUUAGCGUGGAAACUUCAGAAGUUGUAACUAUUGAGAAUGAAGUGGAAGGCUCCAAGCCCUUGGAAGGUAAGGGAGCAUUCGCGAGUACGGAAUUCUCGACACAAAUUGCUGCCACGCAAGAGGAAGUAAGAACAGAGUCACCCACGGGUGAAAUUACUAUUACAUCUCCCGCGAAAGGGAACGCGAUAUUAUCUCAACUCCCUUGGGAAAGCGCGACUGUUGAACUUCAACAACUUGCCGAGAGUGAGGGUGUUUACAACAAAGACGUUAAACCGGAUCAGAAGACCGCGAAUGUAGAACUCUCCGAAGCAAUGUCCGGCGCUAGCGUGACCGAGGUGAUACCUCAGGAUGCGGAAAAUUUGUACGCUCCCGAUUCUAAGCCCCAAGGUUUCACCGCUCAACCCUCUGUGCUUGGGUACACGAUUGCCACAAAAAUGGAGGUAACGGUUGAGCAGAGCACAGAAAAAAUAUCGAGUGAACAACCCGUGGCGAAAAUAGCGAACAAAAACCAGGAAGUCUUCGAUGAACUGAUUGUCACCGAAACCAAUAUUGGAGAAGGAGAAAAGCCAAGGGAUGAAGACGUUAGACCAAUCGCGCAAACAGCUGACGUUAACGUAACAACGAGGGAAAAUGCUACGACUACGGAAGUGCUCUCUCAACUCAAUGAAACUGUUUUACAAGCGGACGAACAUCCCGCCGAACGUAAAGUUAACGUCAAUCUCGUUUCUGGGCACGAAGUCGCUCAGACCGAAGAGACAAUUAUUUCUAGUAGCAUCGAUGAGUUUAAGAAAACUGCGACCAAGCUCGAAAGCGCUACACAAAAACAAGACGGAUUGGAAAUUGUUCAACACACCGAAGUAGCACUCUCUGAAAAAGAGGGACCAUUGUCCGUUGACAGUAGACCACAUUCUAGGCAAGCUGAUGUCACUUUCCAAGAAGGCGAAGGGGUCAAUGUCACCUUGACUCAUCCUGAGGAUAAAGAAGGUACGCUUCCAGAAGACACUCAACCUCGUUCGGCAGAAGCAACAGUUGGCUUCGAAGUUCAAGGAGUGGCGUCAAAAUCCGAGAUCGUAUCUGAUACCGGACUCGUUGAUAUGCUCAGUGAACUGCCGAAAGAUGCUAAGGCAACCAGAACGGUGUUACCGUACGAAACUAUAAUCGCGGAGCAAGUAGACACGCGUGAAACGGAAGCACCCUUCUCCGAGAUCCUUCCGGCUGACAGAACGGCUAAUCUUGAAUUUGAAUAUGGGGAAGGAUUGGUCGUAACAUCGGUGAUCAGUGAUGACAAUACGAACACUCUUGUGCAUCAAGAGAAGCCAAAAGAUCAAUUGGCUGCCUUUGACAUCACGGGACACACGGUCGCUCAGGUGGCAGAGACAAUCGUGGAAGACCACACGGAUAAGUUUGUGAAAGAAGUGGCGGAGAAGGCAACUGCUAGCUUGGAUCACAUCAAGUUGCACAGUCUGAUUACUUCUGAAACAUCGACGAGUGAGUUGGAACAAGCACUAGCGGAGUUUGUCAAACCGGAUGAAAAAAUACCUACCAUCGAAUUUGAAGAAGGCAUUAGCGUUACGGUGGUGGAAACACUCGCCGAAGACAAGGAGCAGGAGUAUGUGGGACAAAUCAAAAUUGAAGGCCAACAAGCUCAGCCUAAGUAUGACGCACAUAAAAUUGCAGAGUCAAUUGAAAUCAUACCCGAUACACACUAUGGUGAUUUGGUAGACAAAAAACCACAACUGGCGUCAGCGAGUGAGCAACACCUUCCGUUUGAAAGCGUGGUCCAAACUGUUGCGGUGGCAUCCGAAAAAGAAACAGAAUUCUUUGAUAAACCAAUAACUGUGUCAAGUUCUGCAAGCAUUUCUAUCAAUGAGAUUAAUAAUGUCACCGUUACAGAAGUUGUCGCUGAAGACAGGGAGAGCAUUCUGAACACUUCCGCGAAGCCUGAUGAACGAGUCGCUUCCAUUGCUAAUAUGUCCGGACAUAUGAUCGCCGAAAAAUCUCAAAUCAUUGCCGAUGAUAAUACCGGUGAGCUAGAACAUCUGCAAACAAUUACAGCUUCGGCAAUCCGCAGCCAAAUAGAACUGGAAGGUGUAUUGCAGUCAGAAAUACUACCAAAUGAAUUGGAAGCACCCUUGGAUACAGAUAAGAAACCGUUCCAAGCUACUGCUGACGUUAAUCUAGUGGAAGAACAGAGUAUUGUAGUGACGUCUGUCAUUUCGGAUGACAAGGAGGUUCAGUAUUCUCCGAAAGAUCUUCCCGAAACCAAAACAGCAGAGAAGAUUCUAGUCGAUGCUCACAAAGUAGCACAAACAACGGAGCAUGUCGUUGAUUCUAGCGUAGAGGUAUUAUCCGAAGAUCAACCCGUAACUUCAGCUGCUGUACCACAUCAGAUACCAUUCAACACGGUACUUCAGUCACAACCAAUAGUUCAGGACAAAGAAAGUGAACUAUUGCCAGACGCAAAACCUGAGAACAGGAUCGCGAAUGUUAACUAUGAGGUCACCAAGACAUUCGGAGUGUCUGAGGUGACGUUGGGUGAUAAGGAAACGAAUUACGUAUCCGAACCGCAACCGUUCGAUCACGUCGCUCUAUACAACAUCAAUGAAACCCACGAAAUCGCUGAAACUAGUAUUGUGGAGGUUGAAGAUUCCAUUGAAAGCGUUGAGACCCAGAAACCAGAAACAAAAGUUGCCUCGUCCACCCAGGAAGUGUACGAAGGAGUGGUCGUGACCGAAGGUAUCGCACAAGAUCAGGAAAAGCCAUUCACGGGUAAAUUUGUACCGGAAACAAGGGACGUCAAUGUCACUAUAACAGAGGGUAAGCGUGUCUCUACCGUUACUGAGACUUUGGUCGAUGAGAAAGAGACCAAUUUAUUAAACGUCCAAAGACCCAGUGAUCAGUCGGCAAGACGCGAAAUAGUCACAGGUCAUGAGGUUGCUGAGAAUACCGAAGUGAUAACGAAUGUUAGCGUAGGUGAAAUUCCAGACCAUAAAGCAACGUCAGUUAAAGCUCAAGUUGGUCAAAAACCAUUCGAGGCACCGAUAUUAACCGAAGAAGUACUCGGUGAACGAGAAAUUGAAAGAAUUGAGUUGAAACCGCAUACUGGUCAGGCUCAUGUGGCACUGAACGAAGAACAGUCUCUUAUCGUUACAGAAACUGAAACUCAAGAUAUCGAAUCCGAACUAACAACUUCUGUUAAGCCUCGAGAAGAGGUGGCAAAAUAUUCGUACAAGGGUAAAAAAGUUGCAGAACAGUCAGAGAUCAUUCCGCGAGAAGGUAUUGAAAAUAUCUUACCUCUGAAAUCGGUGACAGUCAACGCCAAGCAAGUUCAAACGACACUGGACAGUUUGAAUGUGUCAGAGGCAGUGCCUGAGGAAAUCAGCAAAGAUUUCCAGGGCAAGGUGGUUCCUGACAUCGAGGCGCGUGGCAAUGUCACAUUCGUUGAAGGUCAUAGCAUAUCUGUAACACAAAUCAUUGCUGAUGAUAAAGAGGGAAAAGUUGAAACUAGCGAAUACAAGAGCAAUGUUGCUGGUGUUAAUAUCAACCAAUUCGGUAAGGAUGUUGCUCAAAAGACCGAAAUAUUUAUCGAUCAAAAUAUAGGAUUCAUGAAAGAGUUCGACGCCGACAAAGCUGCUGCUAAAUUCACUCAAGAUGUAUUCGAACCGAUUGUUAUUGAAGAAAUCCCUGUAGGAGAAGGUGAAAAAUUACUUGACGUUACGAUAAAGGGUGACGCUAAAACGAUAUCACCUUCAUUUGAAGAAGGUCACAGUGUUACUGUGACCGAAACCACGUUCAGUGAAAGGGAAGCUGUUCUUAAGGACGCGGAAACGAUCGACUCCAAACAUGCAACAACGACCAUCACGACGGAACAUGGCUCCGUACAGACGACGGUAAUUGAAUCCCAGCUCGAAGUUGAAAAACAAGUAACUAGUCCUGAAAUGAAAACUCAAACAGCGGCUCUUGGACAGGAACCAUUCGAAAGUAUAUCAGUAACUGAGAACUUGGUCGAGGAAAGCGAGAAACCAUUCCAUGGUGCAUUCGUGCCAGAUACUCAAAAAGUCACGAUAGAUGUUCAGUCAGUGAAAUCUUUGCAGAUUUCAGAAAUCGUAACUGAAGAUAAAGAACGUAAUCUGGAUGAAAUUGUGAAUUAUCCAGAAGGUAAAGCACAUCCACAGUUCACUACUUUUGAAAGCGUUCAAAGUUCCGAAAUUGAGACAAUACAGAAUGUCGGAGAGGUUGAUACGACGAAACGCAGAUCGUCACAAGCAACACUAAUCCAGAAUACAUUUGAAUCGAUGAUAAACACAGAAACAACUGUGAUUGAAAGUGAGGAAAUCUUCCGCGAUCAGCCCAGACCUGAACAUCAUCGGGGGAAACCCGAGUUGGAAAGUUUGAGUUCGGUUAACGUCAGUCAUGUACUCACGAAUGAAAUGGAAUCCGAAUUGUCUCAGCCCGAAAUUCCUCAAGCAAAGACAGCCAAGCCCAACCUGUCCGGUAGAGAUGUAGCUCUGACAUCCGAAGUUUUAACAUCAAUUCAAACAAACGAGUUUGUUAGUCCGGAAAAAAUAGACCAACAGAAGGGCCACCCGGUGAUAGAAGAAUUAACAUCUGUAAACGUCAGUGAAACUGUUUCAAAUGAGACCGAAGAAAUUUUACAAAGUUCUUCAACUGUCAAAAGUCAGACGGCAACUCCCAAUUUAACUGGUAGAGAAGUUGCCGAGACCACUCAGAUUUCAACAUCCACGAACGCAGAGGACCUAAUCGCGCCCGAAUCACUGAAAACUGAAAAAGGUACACCGAAAAUGGAAGAACUGACAUCAGUGACGGUUCUGAACAUCGUAACGAAUGAAACAGAAGAGACACUUGAUGUGUCCGAGAUUCCGGAUAUGCGAAAAGCAUCACCCAAUGUUUUAGGUAGAGAAAUAGCGGAGAUAAUACAAGUCGGAACUAUCGAUAGCACAGAAGAUUUCAUAAGACCGACACCAGUUAAAAAUGAGAAGGGAGAGCCACAACUGGAUGAGCUAGUGGCAGUAACGAUUUCGGAAGUGUUCUCCAAUGAAAAUGAGAAUGUUUUCUCAUCCUCAGAAACACCUAUCGGGAGGAAAGCAUUGCCUAAUUUGUGCGGGAGAGAAGUGGCCGAAACAAGCCAAGUCCUUACAAUGGCGAAUACUGAAGAAUUUAUUGAAGAAAAAACACCCAGCCAACAAAGAGGGCAGCCGAAAUUAGAAGAAUUUUCAUCAUUGUCGAUUUCGGAAAUUGUACACAACGAAAGUGAGACUAUCUUCGAAACGGUAGUAAGAACCGAAGAACAGAAGGCUGUCACACUUUUACCAAGUCGCGAAGCUACGCAAACGACUGUUAUUUUAACAUCGGCGGAAACCGAAAAUUUAAUUGAAACACAAAGACCAGAAAGCAGAAGCAUCGUUCCCGAACGGAUUCCGUUUGAGAGUUUGCAACAAAUUCAGCCGAUCUUAGGUGACAGUGAGAGCAGACUAAUCGUCGAUGAACAAAAGCCGUUCACCAAAGCAAAUGUGAGCUUUAAAACUGAAGAGAGUAUAAUAGUAACUCAGGUAACAGCGGAUGAGACCGAAUCCGGAGAAGUUAUAAAAGGGGUUGCCAAAGAAGUGAAUGCUACGCCUGAUAUUAUUCGACGAGAGGUUGCAGUGAAAUCUGAAAUUUUACCGGAAACUAUAGUAUCAGAAUUUACUUCGGAAAAACCUUCGCCGAAAAAUGCGAAAACAGUAGAGGAUGAAAAUUAUGGAAUCGUAGUAACCGAGCUACAAUCAACUGGCGAAAUUGAAUCCGAACUUCUAAAAUCCGUAAAACCUUCGGCAAAAACAGUUGUUGUUUCGUUUGAAGCCGAUCAUCUGGAAAAAGUAAUAGGUGAAACUGAACAAAUUCUUAUUGAGGAAAUCCAUGAAAAACCACGAGACAUCGAGGACGAGAAACUACCAAAAUCUGAUCUACAAAAGGUAGAUAUCAUCGAAAUCACGGAAGUCGCUGUUGAAGAAGCACCAGAGUCAUCGCCGGUCAAAAAACAUACGGAUGAAGAAGAAGAAACUGAAACUGUGGAAACUGAAACGAAGAAAAUAACAAAAAAGAAGAAAAAGAAGCCGAGCAAAGAUGUAGGUCCUGAAAAAUUGGUCGAACUCGUGGAUGAGCCAACGAAAAAAAUAAAUAAAAAGGAGAUGGUUUUCGUGGAGGGUGAUGAUAUACCGGAAGAAAUCAUUGACGAUAUCGUAGUUGAGAAACCUUCGAAGAAGAAAGCGAAACCAAUUGUCGAAGAAUUGGAAACUAUUCAAAUAACAAAAAUAGAUGUGUUCAAGGGACCGAAAGAAGAGCCUGUUGAACAAUCGGUUACCACGGAAGAAGAAAUUAUCGAAAUCGUAGAAACGCCGACAAAAAAAAUAAUCAGACGAAAGAAGAAGCCUACUGAUAAACCUGUUUCUGAAGAUGUUAUCGAAGAAAUCAUCGAAAAACCUAUGGAAGAGGUGAGUAUCAUGGAAGAACAGCAGAUAGUCGAAAUCGUGGAAACACCUACGAGAAAAGUGAUUAAGAAGAAGAAAGCUAUUACUGGUGAAGAUGGGAUACUUCAAGAGGUCGUUGAAGAAAUUGUAAUUGAUAAACUUGAAGAAAGAAAAGCUCAAACUAUAACUGAAACUCGGGAAGGGAUCGAAGUCACAGAGGUCGUCCUCGGAAUAUCUGAACAUCACUUACCUAACGUGGAAAAACCUGUCGAAGAAGUACCAAAAACGGUGCUAGACGAACUAGACAGCGUAAAAAUAACUGAAGUGGCUGUAGCAAAAGCACCAAAGAAGAAGAAGAAGCCAAAGUCUGUCGACAAUGUGCAGACCGAUGAAGUUGCCCAAGCGAUGACUCCUGAGAAGCCUGAAGAAGCACAGGCCACUGUAGAUGUUAUUCCCAAGGAUAGUAUUGAGACGACAGAAGUGAUCGUUGAAACGUCUACCGAGGAAUUACCCCUAGAUGAAAAACCAGAUCGAGAAACAGCAGUCUCGGUAGAAGAACAGCCAGUUAAAGCUGAGAUCAGUGAAGUAACUACUAAAAAGGCACCGAAGAAGAAGAAAAAGCAUACCACCACAGAAGAGAUCCAGCCUACAGAAGUUGUCGAGGACAUCACCGUCGAAGAAUCGAAGAUUGAAGAAGCUGUCACCGAUAUCUGUGCUCAGGAAAGCAUCGAGACAACUGAAAUUAUCCUUGGAACGACUACCGCCGAAUUACCAGAAGAAAAAAGACCUGAUGGAAAGAAAGUGGACGUUACUAUGGAGGACGAUCGAGACAUCGCCAAAAUUACCGAAGUACCUCUGAAGAAGGCCCUUCCCAAAAAGAAGAAAUCCAAAGUCGCCGAAGAUUUACAACCUGACGAAGUUGUCGAGGAUAUAACACCGGAUAGACCGAAGGAAGAAAAAGCAUCCGGAGAUAUUCUGUCGGAGGAAAGUAUCGUAAUAACUGAGGUAGUCCCUGAGUCAUCUACACAAGAUUUGCCUGAAGACAGAGAACCCGAUCAGGAAACAGCUGUUACAGUCGAAGAUAAGCCAAACGAAGUUGAAGUCACUCAAGUAGCUGUCAAAAAGCCAUCAAAGAAGAAGAAGAAACCGAUAAUCUCUGAAGCAGUCCAGCCUGACGAGGUUGUCGAUGAAAUGCCCUCGGAAGUAUCGAAGACAGAUAAGGCUCUCGAAGAAAUCAUCUCCCAAGAAAGUAUCGAAACUACUGAAAUAGUUCUUGGUAGAUCUGCCGAGGGAUUACCAGAGGACAAACAACCAGACCAACAAACUGCUAUUCCGGUGAAAGACGAGCUAGAUAAAGCUACUGUCACUGAAGUCACUGCAAAGAAAGCUCCCAAGAAAAAGAAGAAACACACGACAACAGAAGACGUACAACCCACCGAGGUUGUGGAAGAAUUGGUUACCGAAGAAUCAAAUACAGAAAAAGCUACCAAGGAUAUACUUACCCAAGAAAGCAUCGAAGCUACUGAAGUAAUUCUUGCAAUAUCUGCGCAGGAAUUACCCGAAGAAAAGACAUUCGACGUGGAAGCCGCUACGCCAGUAGAUGAAGAAACACAAAACAUCAAGAUAACGGAGGUAACCGUGAAAAAGGCACCGCAGAAGAAGAAAAAAUCGAAAACUGUCGACGAGGUACAUCCUGAUGAAAUUGUCGAAACAAUAACAUCUGAUAAGCCUGAAGGACAACAGGCAACGGAAGAUGUGGUCGUUGAAGAGAGCAUCGGGACAACAGAAGUGAUUCUUGGAUCAUCUACCGAGGUGUUACCGGAAGACGAAAAACCAGAUCUCGGAAUAGCUGUACCGGUGAAAGACCAACUAGAUAAAGUUGAUACUACUGAAGUGACUGUAAAGAAAGCUCCCAAGAAGAAGAAGAAAUCAAAGACUGUCGACGAUGUGCAGCCCGAAGAAGUAACCGAAGCAAUAACCCCGGAGAAACCUCAAGAAGCCCAGGCAACUGAAGAUGUUAUUCCUAAGGAAAGUAUUGAGACAACAGAGGUGAUCGUUGGUGCGUCUACCGAGGAAUUACCCCAAAACGAAAAACCAGAUCAAGAAACAGCAGUCUCGGUAGAAGAACGGCCGAGUAAAGUGGAGAUCAAUGAAGUAACUACCAAAAAGGCACCGAAGAAGAAGAAGAAGCAUACGAUCACAGAAGAGAUGCAACCCACUGAGACUGUGGAAGAAAUAACAAUCGCAGAAUCAAAAACAGAGGAAGCUGUUACAGACAUCCUUCCCCAUGAAAGCGUCGAAUCAACGGAAGUAGUGCUGGAAACAUCUACUGCUGAGUUACCCGCGGAUAAAAUACCUGACCAGCAAGCUAAAAUGACGGUACAGGAACGAGAUACUGCGAAAAUUCCGAAAAAGACUCGCCAAACGACCAACGCAUCAAGAGUUACCGAAGAUUUGCCACUUGAAGAGGUCGCGGAGGAUAUAACUUCUGAUAAACCGAGGGAGGAGAAAGUUAUCGAAAAUAUUUUGCCGAAAGAAAGCGUCGAAACAUCCGAGGUGAUACUUGGAUCGUCAACUCAAGACUUGCCCGAAGAUAAAAAGCCCGAUUCAGGAGAAGCGGUUCGCGUAGAAGAGAAGCCAGAUGAAAUUAAGAUCACUGAAGUGGACGUUAAGAAGCCGUCCAAAUCCAAAAAGAAGCCAACUUCCGAAAAAGUACAGCCUGAUGAAGUUGUAAGCGAGAUACCCGACGAAACAUCUGCGGCGGAUAAAGCCAUUGCAAAUGUCAUUCCACAAGAAAGUGUCGAAACAACUGAGGUCAUUCUUGGAACAUCUACCCAGGAAUUACCUGUCGACAAACAACCAGACGAAGAAACAGCCAUCCUUGUGAAAGAUCAGCCAGAAAAGGUCGACGUCAGUGAAGUGAAAACCAAGAAGGCGCCAAAGAAGAAAAACAAAUCGAAAACUGUCGAAGAUGAACAGCCCGAUGAAAUUGUCCAAGUGAUAACAACUGAACAACCUGAAGAAAUACAGGCAACUGAGAGCAUUCUUCCACAUGAGAGUAUGGAAACAACUGAGGUCAUCCCUGUAUCAUUUACGGAAGAAUUGUCUGAUGAUAAGAAACCUAAUCAGGAGGAAGCUGUUCCGGUGGAAGACGUACUGGAGCAUGUAGAGACCACCGACGUGAAGAUAAAAAGAGCACCUCAGAAGAAGAAGAAGGCUAUCACUUCUGAAGAGAAACAGACCGACGAAGUUCUAGAAAAAUUAAUCCCUGACGUGCCCGAUCAGGCGAAAGCAACGGAAGAAGUUCUUUAUCAAGAAAGUAUCGAUGCGACUGAAGUUGUCAUCGGAGCUUCUACAGAAGAAUUACCUAAAGAUGAGAAACCUGGUAUGGAGAUUGCUGAAACGUUGGAAGAAAAACCAGAAACAAUUCAGAUUACCGAACCGAGCGUUAAGAAAGCACCUCAAAAGAAGAAAAAACCUAAAUCUGUCGAGUUGACCGAGCCACUCGAAGAUACUAAAGAUAUGGUGCCUGAAAAACCAAAAUCAGAGAACGCCACUAUGGAUAUUUCACCCAAACAAAGUAUCGAGGUAUCUGAGAUCAUUCUUGAUUCAACGGUAGAAAAAACACCUGAGGAUAAGAAACCUAAUGAAGAAGUUGCUAUACCAUUGGAAGAACAGUUGAACGAAGUCGUUGUUAGUGAAGUUACUGUGAAAAAAGUACCCAAAAAGAAAGUCUCACACAGUGAAAGUGAUGAGACUAAACAAGAACUGGUUCCGAACACUGAACAAGAACAAAAACCUGAGGAAACAGUCACUGUUGAGCAGACUGGAAAAAUACCCACAAAGAAAGUAGUUAAAAAGAAAGUAAAGAAAACAAUCCCUAAAAAAGAAGAAAUUGAAUGGGUGGAACCGGAGCCAUAUGAAAGACCCAUCCUCGAACCGAUGCCGGAGAAAAUUGAAUGGCAACCUACUAAGAAAAAAGAGAAAAAGGGGUUGCCAUCAAAGUUACAAAAAUUGGUGCCACAGAAAAUUGAACGAACAGAAGCAAAACAACCGACCAAACUGAGAUUUUCACAACCUAAUGAAGAGCAGCCUCAAUUCGCUACUAUUAAAUUGAAAAAGGCAACGGUUGUCCAGAAGAAGGAAGUAAAAAGCGUUGAACUUCCAAAGGUACUACUUCGUAGUCGCAUUCUCUUUGUAGGUGAUUAUCCACCUGAAUUACAAAAACCGAAGAUCGAAGAAUUUGAAAUCAAUCCCGUCCAGUGUGGAAUCUUAUCCAGGAAUACAAAAGAAGCACUCAAGGUCUUGAAGACCAAACAUAAAAAGCUUAGAUUCGCAGACAAGGAAGAAGUGGAUCUGGAAAAGUUAGAUAAAGAAUUUGAAGAACUGAAAAAGGUACCGUUGGAGGAGAUUGAGGAUAAAUCCAUCUACGAAAGGCAACCAAAGAAGCCAAAGGAACUACCAAAAGAACCUCAACCACUCAAAGUUGGUAAAGGUAAGGUUUUACAACCAGAGGACGAAACACCUGAAGAAAUUAAAUUGAAGAAAAUACCAGAGAAGAAAACUGAAGAUGUUGAAGAACUGCAGAAAAAGCCGACUAAAAAAGAAGAAACCGAAGAUGUUCCUGGCAAGAAGAAAACUGAGCCAUUACCAGCGUUGAAGACUGAACCAUUCCAACCGCUUGACUUUGAACAGCCGGAAAUCGAAAAAUACGUCCCCGAAAAACUUGAACAUCCUGAAAAGCCUACACCUGAACUCGAACAAAAACGGCCGGAAAAGCCGAAGAAAAAGAAACCAGAACAAGAUAUAGAACAAAUUAUACCGGUGAAGGGAAAACCAAAAGAGGAUGAACCGGAAGAACAGCCUGAAGUUAAAUUUAGAAUACCAUCUUCUGAAAAGCCUGAAGAAGAACCAGAAACUAUUACAUUGAAAGGAUGGAAAAAGGACAAGCCUACGGAUGAGGGCGAGAAAGAGCAUCCGGCUGAGUUGAGCCUAGGAGAAAUGCCUUCGCAGAAACAGCCGGAAGAAGUUCCUGAGAAAAUAGUUGUGAAGAAGAAAUCAAAAAAGAAGCCUGUCGAAGAAGAGGUGACGAUCAAGAAGCCCGUUCCUGCAGAAGAAGCGACAAAAGAACCGGAAGAAGUCUCGCAGGAAGUUGUUCUGAAAAAGAAACCAAAGAAGAAGCCUGUCGAAGAAGAGGCCAGCGAUGAGGUGACGAUCAAGAAGCCUGUCCCUGCAGAAGAAAAGAAAGAAGAACCGGAAGAAGUCUCGCAGGAAGUUGUUCUGAAAAAGAAACCAAAGAAGAAGCCUGUCGAAGAAGAGGCCAGCGAUGAGGUGACGAUCAAGAAGCCUGUCCCUGCAGAAGAAAAGACAGAAGAACCGGAAGAAGUCUCGCAGGAAGUUGUUCUGAAAAAGAAACCAAAGAAGAAGCCUGUCGAAGAAGAGGCCAGCGAUGAGGUGACGAUCAAGAAGCCUGUCCCUGCAGAAGAAAAGACAGAAGAACCGGAAGAAGUCUCGCAGGAAGUUGUUCCGAAAAAGAAACCAAAGAAGAAGCCUGUCGAAGAAGAGGCCAGCGAUAAGGUGACGAUCAAGAAGCCUGUCUCUGCAGAAGAAAAGACAGAAGAACCGGAAGAAGUCUCGCAGGAAGUUGUUCUGAAAAAGAAACCAAAGAAGAAGCCUGUCGAAGAAGAGGCCAGCGAUGAGGUGACGAUCAAGAAGCCUGUCCCUGCAGAAGAAAAGAAAGAAGAACCGGAAGAAGUCUCGCAGGAAGUUGUUCUGAAAAAGAAACCAAAGAAGAAGCCUGUCGAAGAAGAGGCCAGCGAUGAGGUGACGAUCAAGAAGCCUGUCCCUGCAGAAGAAAAGAAAGAAGAACCGGAAGAAGUCUCGCAGGAAGUUGUUCUGAAAAAGAAACCAAAGAAGAAGCCUGUCGAAGAAGAGGCCAGCGAUGAGGUGACGAUCAAGAAGCCUGUCCCUGCAGAAGAAAAGAAAGAAGAACCGGAAGAAGUCUCGCAGGAAGUUGUUCUGAAAAAGAAACCAAAGAAGAAGCCUGUCGAAGAAGAGGCCAGCGAUGAGGUGACGAUCAAGAAGCCUGUCCCUGCAGAAGAAAAGACAGAAGAACCGGAAGAAGUCUCGCAGGAAGUUGUUCUGAAAAAGAAACCAAAGAAGAAGCCUGUCGAAGAAGAGGCCAGCGAUGAGGUGACGAUCAAGAAGCCUGUCCCUGCAGAAGAAAAGACAGAAGAACCGGAAGAAGUCUCGCAGGAAGUUGUUCUGAAAAAGAAACCAAAGAAGAAGCCUGUCGAAGAAGAGGCCAGCGAUGAGGUGACGAUCAAGAAGCCUGUCCCUGCAGAAGAAAAGACAGAAGAACCGGAAGAAGUCUCGCAGGAAGUUGUUCUGAAAAAGAAACCAAAGAAGAAGCCUGUCGAAGAAGAGGCCAGCGAUGAGGUGACGAUCAAGAAGCCUGUCCCUGCAGAAGAAAAGACAGAAGAACCGGAAGAAGUCUCGCAGGAAGUUGUUCUGAAAAAGAAACCAAAGAAGAAGCCUGUCGAAGAAGAGGCCAGCGAUGAGGUGACGAUCAAGAAGCCUGUCCCUGCAGAAGAAAAGAUAGAAGAACCGGAAGAAGUCUCGCAGGAAGUUGUUCUGAAAAAGAAACCAAAGAAGAAGCCUGUCGAAGAAGAGGCCAGCAAUGAGGUGACGAUCAAGAAGCCUGUCCCUGCAGAAGAAAAGACAGAAGAACCGGAAGAAGUCUCGCAGGAAGUUGUUCUGAAAAAGAAACCAAAGAAGAAGCCUGUCGAAGAAGAGGCCAGCGAUGAGGUGACGAUCAAGAAGCCUGUCCCUGCAGAAGAAAAGAAAGAAGAACCGGAAGAAGUCUCGCAGGAAGUUGUUCUGAAAAAGAAACCAAAGAAGAAGCCUGUCGAAGAAGAGGCCAGCGAUGAGGUGACGAUCAAGAAGCCUGUCCCUGCAGAAGAAAAGACAGAAGAACCGGAAGAAGUCUCGCAGGAAGUUGUUCUGAAAAAGAAACCAAAGAAGAAGCCUGUCGAAGAAGAGGCCAGCGAUGAGGUGACGAUCAAGAAGCCUGUCCCUGCAGAAGAAAAGAAAGAAGAACCGGAAGAAGUCUCGCAGGAAGUUGUUCUGAAGAAGAAACCAAAGAAGAAGCCUGUCGAAGAAGAGGCCAGCGAUGAGGUGACGAUCAAGAAGCCUGUCCCUGCAGAAGAAAAGAAAGAAGAACCGGAAGAAGUCUCGCAGGAAGUUGUUCUGAAAAAGAAACCAAAGAAGAAGCCUGUCGAAGAAGAGGCCAGCGAUGAGGUGACGAUCAAGAAGCCUGUCCCUGCAGAAGAAAAGACAGAAGAACCGGAAGAAGUCUCGCAGGAAGUUGUUCUGAAAAAGAAACCAAAGAAGAAGCCUGUCGAAGAAGAGGCCAGCGAUGAGGUGACGAUCAAGAAGCCUGUCCCUGCAGAAGAAAAGAAAGAAGAACCGGAAGAAGUCUCGCAGGAAGUUGUUCUGAAAAAGAAACCAAAGAAGAAGCCUGUCGAAGAAGAGGCCAGCGAUGAGGUGACGAUCAAGAAGCCUGUCCCUGCAGAAGAAAAGACAGAAGAACCGGAAGAAGUCUCGCAGGAAGUUGUUCUGAAAAAGAAACCAAAGAAGAAGCCUGUCGAAGAAGAAGCUAGUGACGAAAUAACUAUCAAAAAGCCUGUCAUUGAAGACAUAUCCGAAGAGUUCACAAUUAAGAAGAAAUCUCAUAGAAAGGGCUCAGCUGUGGUAGAAGUAGAAGAUACUCAAGUCACAAUAAAAAGAUCCCCGAAAUCUUCUCAACCUGACGAAGAAGAGGUCUCUGGUGACAUAAUUAUCAAAAGAAAAACUACGAAAAAAACAUCCGACGAAGCGGCUGACACACUAACGAUAGAAAAACAUGAAGAACCUGAGGACGUCCAAGCUGAUGAAGAAAUCGUUGAAGAAUUCACGAUCAAAAGAAAACCACCUAAAAAGAUGCCAAAACCAAUUGAAGAAAUCUACGAAGACGUCACUCUUCGUAAACUUCGACCGAAGCGAAAGCCAAGACCAGACGUAAGAGAGGUCACUGAAGUGGAGAAUGUUACUUUCCGACCUAGAUCAACGAAGACUAAAGAAGAUGUUGAACAAGAGUUCAAGAUCUCUUUGAAUACCUACGAGGAAGAAGACAUCACGAUGUCGGGUAAAGUUCGACUGAAACCAAAGCAACGCCCAUUGACAUAUUCCGAAGAAACAGGCGAGGAAACUAUCAGAAUUAUGCAAGAAGUCGAGGAUGAAGGCGGGCCGAUCAUCGAAGAGAUUAUCGACGAUAGCGAUGAAGACGUGAAGGAUGAGUACAGCGUAGAGGAACUCGAAGUAGACGAGUUCAAUUUACCACUAAGACGAAAGACAAAGAAGAAGCCCCGACCUUAUUCGGUUGAAGAAAUUGAAGAGGAUGAUGUGAACAUAAAAUUACAGCGAGACCGAAAGUAUUCUUAUGAAGAAACAGACGAGUCAUUGGCGAUGAAGUUGAAACCGAAGAGACGCAUGUCCACCUAUGACGAAGAAGAAGCAACGCUCAGCAUUACCAAAGAAGGGGACAUAUCGGAAGAAGAUGAAUCAGAAUACGUUGUUCGCGAUGGUGACAUGAUGUUCUCGAUAUGCUCAUACGUUGCGGAGACCGACGAAGCCAUCAAUUUGGUCGAAGGAGAAAAAGUUUACAUUAUUGAGCAUACGAAUUCUGACUGGUGGUUUGUCAAGAAACAUUUGACCGAAGAAAAGGGCUGGGUACCAGCUCAAUAUCUCUUGGACAGACCGCACUAUACGAUUUAUCUUCAGAAAAAGCUACACGAGAAAAUCGACAAGUUACCCGUGUUUGAAAAACCUGGUCCCGGAGAGAAAGCAUCGGCUCCACGGUUCGUAGAAAAAUUGCAACCAAAACAUACACCAGAUGGUUACACCGUUCAAUUCGAAUGUCAAGUGGAGGGUAAACCUCGACCACAAAUCACAUGGUUCCGUCAAACAGCGAUAAUAAAACCAUCACCAGACUUCCAGAUUUAUUACGACGACGACAAUGUCGCGACCCUGAUAAUUCGUGAAGUUUUCCCCGAAGAUGCAGGAACCUUUACUUGCGUCGCCAAAAAUGCAGCAGGAUUCGCAUCGAGUACUACCGAACUAACGGUCGAAGCACCUCUGUCUGAUCACGGCUCAGACAUGACGGGACUUUCGAGAAAGAGUCUCUCAAGGGAAUCAUCGCUUGCGGACAUUUUGGAAGGAAUCCCGCCGACCUUCUCUCGAAAACCGAAAGCGAAAUGCGUCAACGUCGACGAGGAUGUAAUUCUUGAAUGCCGCCUCGUAGCCGUUCCAGAACCAGAUAUCACUUGGUAUUACGAAGGAACGCAGAUAACGUCCAGAGAAAAUGUAAUCGUCGUAACGGAAAGCGACAUGCAUAUGUACUGCAGUGUCAUGAAGAUCACCAAGGUGAAGAAAACUCAAGAAGGACGUUAUAAGAUCGUCGCUAAAAACAGAGAGGGUGAAGCUACCAUCGAAAUACCUCUGAAGGUACGAACGGGCGGAAAAGAACCACCAGAAAUUCUGGAACCAUUGAAACCCUACGUAAUUCGUGAGGGUGAGACGGUGGUAUUGUCAACACAAAUCAUCGGUACUCCGAUGCCAGAAAUCACCUGGUUUAAGGAUGGAAAGCCGUUGAAGGGAGCGUCCCCGAAACGGGACGGUGAUAACAACACCCUUACAUUGAUUCAGCCAGUUGUAUCUGACACUGGAGAAUAUUCGGUCGUUGCCACUAACGAAAAAGGCAAAGCCGAAACCCGAGCGACUCUCAUAGUCGAAGAAACUCCAAGCGGUGCUCCGGAACCACCAUUGUUCACGGAACGGUUCCAAGAACAAACCGUACCUGAAAAGGGCUCGGUAAAAUUAACAGCCAAGGUCACCGGAAACCCGGUACCGGAAAUCACAUGGUUGCGCAAUAACAAACCCUUGGAACCGUCAUCAAACGUCAAGGAAACCUACGACGGUAUGAACAUCACCCUUGAAAUAAGGAAUGCAGAUUCAGAAGUUGACUCUGGAGAUUACAAGUGCAUCGCCAGCAAUCCAGUUGGCAAAGCAUCGCAUGGAGCUAAAAUUACGGUUGACGUUGACAAAGUCGUCUUUACUAAAAAUCUUGAAGAAUUUGUUCGAGUCGAUGAGUACAAGCCCCUUGAAUUGACUUGUGAAACUUCUCAUACCGUUUCGACAACUUGGUGGCACGACGAGAAGGAAAUCAGCGGAAUGGAUCAUAGGGAAGUAAUUCAGGAAGGACGUACUCACAGGCUGGUUAUCAAAAAGACCAGUACCUACGACGAUGGAGUUUAUAAAUGCACCGUGAAAAAACAGAGCACAUCCAGCACGGUUGAGAUAAGAGCCACAAAGCCAGAGUUUGUAAGAAAACUGCAAGAUUUCGAAGUAAAGGAACGUGACGUUGCGAUUCUGGAAGUCGAAAUAACAUCUCAGACUGCUGACGUUAGUUGGCAUAAGGACGGAGAACCUCUUAAACCGAAAAAAGAAAAAUUGGAGUUUGUCAAAGACGGGACUGUGAGAAAAUUACUCAUCAGAAGUGCAUCGGUCCACGAUGAAGGGGAAUACACCUGUUCGUUGCUGGAUCAAGAAUGCACAGCUGAAGUUACCGUCGUCGAAUUACCACCGGAAAUCAUCACCAAAAUGCAAGACGUAACGAUAGCUAAGGGAGAGAAGGCGAUGUUCGAAAUUGAACUAACUAAAGGAGACGCUUUGGUUCGUUGGUUCAAAGACGAUCAAGAACUACAAUUCUCAGAACACGUCCAGCUCUCCAUCGACGGCAAGAGGCAAAAAUUGAAGAUUUACAAAUCAGAGCUAACCGACGCGGGAGAAUAUUCUUGUCAAGUCGGUGAGCAGACAUCAAAGGCCAGAUUAACGGUCGAGGAACCGGGCGUCGAUUUCAUCACCAGAUUACCAGAAGUCACUCUGGUACCGUUGAACACCGAUGCAGUAUUCGUUAUCGAAUUAUCGCGACCAGAUGUACCGGUGAAAUGGUUCAGAAAGGGAAAGGAAAUCGAGGAAUCGCCCAAGUACACAAUUAUCGACGAUGGAAACUUGAAGAAAUUGAUCGUAAAGAAAUGCACCGUAGAUGACACCAUGGAAUACAGUGCCGUUGCUAUGAACAUGAAGACAUCAUCGAAAAUGAAGGUGGAAGUCGUAGAAACCCCGCCAAAGAUCAGCGUCGACUCCCCGAAGGAAUAUCGAGUGAAGAAAGACGACGAUGUCGACAUCACGGUGAAAUUCACAGCAAUACCAAAGCCGACUAUGGAAUGGUCCGUGAAUGGCAAAGUUGUUCCAAAGACAAAACGAACCGUUCCAUCAAUCGACGAAGAAUCGGCGACGCUCACUAUAAAGAAAGUACAAGAAGACGACGCUGCGGGUGAUUACACAUUGAAAUUGACGAACAACUGCGGAGAGGCGAGCACCGACAUUCGCCUCAUUAUCAUGCAGGUACCAAGCACUCCAGGAAUUCCAGAACUGUUGGAAGUGACCGACGACAGCAUUACUCUUCACUGGAAAGCACCCGAGUUCGAUGGAAACACUCCAAUCACGGAAUACAUCAUCGAAUACCAUGACCGGGAUGAUUUCUCGUGGAUCCGACCUACGGAGAAGAUCACGGAGACCACGCACAAGAUCACCAAGCUCACUAAGAAUACGGAUUACAUGUUCCGUGUUACAGCUGUAAAUUCUGUCGGCCCUAGCCCACCUUCCCACAACACAAGGUACCUGAAAAUCGCUAAACCGAUCGCUGCCGAGCCUCCGGUAAUUUUAGAACCGCUGAACGAUAUCACCACUGGACUUGGACAAACGGUAUCCUUAUCCUGUGUCAUAGGAGGAAUUCCAGCACCUGAGAUCACAUGGUUGAAAAAUCAAAGACCAUUCAAAAACAACAAAAUCACCUACGAAAAUCGGGUGGCAAAAUAUACCAUCGUUGAGACAACGGAAACUUCCGGCGCAACAUUUACAGUGAAAGCUAAAAAUGACGCGGGAACAGCGGAAACAUCAUGCGAUCUCAAGAUCCAGGAGCCACCGAAGAUCAGUUUCGACGAAACCUUGGCCACACAGCAACUCAGGGUAACGAGUCAGUGGAAGAUAAAUGUCAAGGCCACGGGACUGCCGCAACCGCAGUUAACGUGGACCAAAAAUGGUAAAACUAUUACCGAACAACAAGUAUCAAUUUACAACGAAGAUGCGGAAUCCUCGAUCACGAUAUAUUCGGUCGUGCGAGAAGAUACCGGAACCUACACCGUCACCGCGAUUAAUGAGGCCGGCAGUACGUCGGUCGAGAUGUACCUGAGAGUGAUAGACAAACCGUGCAAGCCACAAGGACCAAUGGUCAUGCGAGACAUCAGACAAGAUCAAAUUACGAUAGAGUGGAAGCCUCCCGUUGACGACGGAGGUCUGGAGCUCAGUAAAUACACGAUCGAAAAAUGUGAGCCCGAAAAAAUGGUGUGGAUGAAAGUAGCCGACGUGGACAAAGACGCGGAGAGUUAUUGCAUACAAAAAUUGCAACAAGAUUCGGAGUAUAUGUUCAGAGUCGUUGCUAAGAAUCCCGUUGGUUCGUCGGAACCAUUGGAAUCGGCGCCGAUAAAGAUCAGACCAUCGUUCGAGAAACCAGGCCCACCGCGAGGACCACUCGAUGUUUCAGGCAUGACGAAGACUUCGUUCACCAUAAAAUGGCAAACACCGGAGAACGAUGGAGGUUCACCGAUACUCGAGUACAUCGUAGAGAUGAAGGAAGUAUCGAAAAAAGCGUGGCAAAAGAUCUGCAGUACGAAGGGAGACACGACGAAUGCUAUCAUUUCCGACUUGAAGACCGACGUAUCGUAUAACUUUAGAAUAACCGCGAGAAAUAGCAUGGGAAAUGGACCGGCUUAUCUAUCGGAAGAACCCAUCACAGCUGGUAAACGCAUAACACCGCCGUCAUGUCCUCUGAAUUUACAAGUCACGGGAAUAACUAGCAGGAGCGCUACGUUGACUUGGUCACCACCAGCUAGCACCGGAGGAACCGAACUCACGGGAUACGUCGUUGAGAAACGAGCGUCGAGCGGCAAAGGUGCAGGAAAAUGGAGCAAAAUUGUUACCCUCGACGCAACGACGCAUCAACAUUGCAUCGAAAAUUUGAAGGAGAGCGAGUUCAUGUUCAGAGUUUUUGCUGAAAAUAGCAUAGGGCUGAGCACACCGGCCACUUCUGAAGCCGUUACGUUGAAGACCCACGCGACUGUACCAUCGCCGCCAACCGCGCCCCUCGAGAUCAGGCAAGUGGCUGGAAAUACGAUCGUCGUUGAAUGGGGUAGACCCGAAUCCGACGGAGGUGCGCCUUUGGAAGGAUACAAAAUUGCGAUCAGGGAUAUCAAGAAGACGAUGUGGAUGGAGGUAGGAAGGGUCAACGCGGAUAUCCAAAAACUUACGAUAAAAGAUCUUCAGGAAAACCACGAAUACCUAAUGAGGAUAUUUGCAAGGAACGAAGUUGGCCUAAGCGAACCUUUGGAAUUUGAAGAACCGUUCAAAGUUCUUCCGGCGUCGGAAUUAUCCUUCAUCGAACCGGUUGCGGAAGCAACUGAAAGAGGUGAAACAGCAUCGCUCAGUUACAGUACGGACAAUACGAGCUCCUGGUUAAGAGAUAACAAUAUGGACGCCGAUAUACAUUCUUACGCCAGAGGACGUCUGCUUAGAAAGGAUGAGUAUUUCUUCCGCAUAUGGCAUUACGCCAAUCAAUUAUUCAAGUAACGACACUUUGUCUAUUCCAACGUUAAUUAAGCUAAGCGAGCGUCGAAAAUUUUUAACUUCGACGACAAUACUGCACGUGGCAUAAGAAUGUAAAUAUAUUGUAUAUUUUUUUUUUUAAACGGACCAUACCUACCUGAAAAUUUAGGAAAGGAAUGAAUUGAAUAAUUGAUACAGAUUAUGAUUUUCGCAAUUUAUUUAUUGCCGCAUACGAAGUUUUUAAGUAAUGAUUCAGAUCAUUACGAUGUUCUGUUAUGUAAUUAUAUAUGUGUAAAUAAUCGGAUGAUCAGCGGCAACGAUAAAUGCGGGACAUUUAUAUAUCUUCGUGACUGAAUAGAUGAAUUUGUUGAAUAUAUUAACGAGAUAUAUUUAUUACCGAAGAAAAAUGAAGCACAAAUGAACAAUCGCGCGAAAUUGUCAUUCGAAAAUAUCAGUGUCGCGGUGAGCGAUGAACCCUAAUUUAUCUAUUUCUAGGCAAUAGGUGUAUUAGUGUAUAAUUUAAUAUACAAUUGAAAAACUUCCUAAUUAUUCAUAAGCUUGCGAUGAUAAUUAUAAGAAUUAUAUUAUAUAUACAUAUGAAUUUAAACAUGAAUAUAUAUUUAUUGUGUUGUUUGUGUAUAUUAAGUUGAAAUAACGCGAUACAUAUAUGAAUAAGUUGACUUAAUCGUAAGGUAACGAGAAAAAAAAAUCAAAAAUAAACGGUGAUAUGUCACGUAAGGUUGGUAACUGAGACGUAAAAUAUAGGUGCUUUAACAUCAAUAAGCAUUCACCAACCUUAUGUCACAUGCCCGUAAUCAAUGAUAUGUUAUAAAGUACUGCGAAAAUAAACUACAAUCGUGAAAUUA